AGACUAUGACGGACGCCAACGAAGCAACGAGAUGCGAAUUUAUUUCGGCAAUUCUACAUGCGUCGAUUGAUAUCGCUAAACGAGUCACCACCCAAGACAUCUUUAUAGUCCUGCAAAAGGAUAUUUCUGGUGAAGAAUCAACGGGACGAGUCGACUACGCAAUAAAGGGGUUGGAGGACUUACUUUGCAUCACCGAAGGAAAACCACGUAAUAUCAAGAUUGGGUAUGCUCAAAAUCUAGCACAACUCGAAAGUGCAUACCAGACUAAUAAGAAGAAGCGGACAGCCGACCAGGCAUUUGGUAACGAGUAUUUCGACUACCUCUAUGGGAUCGUAUCUACGGCCAUGGAGUGGCACUUCAUCAUAUAUACAUCGGACGGUAUUUACUGUACGAGUAGUAGCGAGUAUCAGAUUACCCUUACAAAAACUGCAAUCAAAGAAAAUCUUGAUGUACUUCGAAACAGUGUGAAAAAG